UGCGCACCAGCGUUACGAAAUAACGUCAGUGUUUCGGCGACCGGGCGCCAGCCCCUCAGUUUUUCAUUUGGGAAAGGGGACCAUGCGCUCCGCUUUUGGUUUAGUUGCUGUGGUCGCGGUGGCUACUUUUUAUCUUUACCUCCUGUCUAAAUUUCUUCCACCGGCACCAAGACACCUUCCAGGGGCAAAUGAGGCAGAGGUGCAAACGGAGAAAGAGGUAGAACCCGAAGAAUACAGCCUGCGGUUCCCCUCAGACUUGGACGAGCUGCGGGUGCAGGCAGCCCUCCUGCGCUUCUACCGGACGGAACACGCCAGCUAUGUGUGGCUGCUCUUCUGCAGCGCCUAUCUCUAUAAGCAGGCCUUUGCCAUCCCCGGCUCCUCCUUCCUGAAUAUCCUGGCGGGGGCUCUGUUCGGACCAUGGGAGGGCCUCCUUCUGGCAUGUGUCCUCACCACCUUUGGCUCCACACUCUGCUUCCUCCUGUCCCGUGUCUUUGGGAGGCGUUACGUCGUACGGCUGUUCCCGGACAAGGUGGCCCUGCUGCAGACCAAGGUGGAGGAGAAUCGGAGCAGCCUGCUCUUUUUCCUGCUUUUCCUGAGGUUUUUCCCCAUGACUCCUAAUUGGCUCCUCAACAUGGCAUCGCCGGUCCUCAACAUUCCUAUUAGCUUGUUCAUUCUCUCCGUCUUCAUCGGUCUUCUCCCCUACAACUUCAUCUGUGUACGCACUGGUUCCAUCCUCUCAGAGAUCUCCUCCCUGGAUCACAUCUUCACCUGGGCCACAGCUCUGCAGCUGCUCACCCUGGCCUGUGUGGCCCUUCUCCCGGGCGCCCUGCUCCGCCGCUGGGGUCCCCGCCGCCUGGCAUUGGGGGGCCUUGAACACAAUGGCAUGGGCACCCGCCAGAAGAGCGAGUGACCGGCGUGUUUCCAGCGGCCGUGCAUGGCACUGGCCGACUACAGGCUGCAUCCUUCCCGAAAGAAGUUGAGCCCAAAGACGUGCACAUGCAGACUUUUGGCAUUUCACGAACGGCUGCGAGGGAGUGGAUUUGUGUUUUUGUCCUGACUUGUUAAUUUUAUCAUCUUUUUAUUGGUCAGUGGGGGGGAGGUAUUCGCACACUGCUUUCUGAUGGGGGUGCUGGCUGCAUCCCAUUCUCAGGAGGGGGAGGGUGGUGUCCCUGGGGGGCCGUGGAGAUGAGGGAUUAAGAAGAGCUGUGGUGACUGCAAGGCUGGAAUGGGCCUGAGGCGUUAAGUCCCAGCGGGGGACAUGCUGUUAUACCCUUGGUGGAUGCGGUACGCGUCGUGCUUGAUUAGAGUCCUGCUUCUCACAGCCUCACUGAGCGAAGAUGCACUGGAGCUGUUGUGUACCGAAGGAGAGUCACUGUGCAUGACGGGAAUGAGCCGUGUAGGGGGAGGGGGGUCAGUUACACAAUCUAAAUCCAGCUUCAGUCCGGAUUCCCAGUCACUGCCUAUCUACUGAAAGCACUGUCAGGAUGCAGGUUUUUUUUAAAAGAGCCUUUUUGUAUGUGGUGUUAAAUUCCUCACAUGGUCAGUGUUUGGCCCCCAGUUUAAGUACCGCAAUACUGCUUUUUUUAGAAUGUAUUUGAGGAUGUCGAGAGCAGACGCAUCUUGCUUAACAGGUCCCGUGUCUGUAGUUUUCAAUAUAUUGGCCUUUGCACAGUUAGGCUCGGGGCCAGUGUGUAAGACCAUGUGUGCUAACCUGUCGUGUGUGUGUGUGUGUGUGUGUGUGUGUGUAUAAGCUUGUGCUGUACAGGGGUUUGAGGUAUUUCCUAUAUCUGGACACUUCCUGUGUUAGAUAUUUGCUGUGGUUUCCUGUGACUUAGCGUAGCGGCCCAUGUUUCCUGGAUUGUUCUGCAGGCCAGUGAUGAAGUGCCUUAGUAAUCUUCCUGGCUUCCCCAGCCCCUAACCCCCCCGAACAGGCAACAUUCUGUCAUUAUAAGUAAAAGCCUUUUGUUUGA